AUGCUGACAUUUACCAUUGUUAGAACUAUACGAAAUGUGGUAAUUUGCAGUAAAGAGAGGCAAAAGUCCCGUUUGGGCGAUGGCCAGAGCAGGUUAAAACACGCCUUUUUUGGGGGCGUCAAAAGCCCUCUUUCCCCGUUUGGCAACCUGGCCUCUGAUCUCCCUUCCCUUUUCCAAAACUCCUCUCUCUCUUUCUCUGCCGCUUGCCCAUUGACGCGGAACUUCACUUUCUUCCUGGCGGCGACGCGGUCUUGUUGCAUCCGAACAGGUUCUCUCUUUCUCACAAACUGUUUAUGCUAUGGCCGAUGUUUGCAUGCUGCUCAGGCGCAGCAGCCGCGAGAGCUGCUAUUACAACCACUUCGGUGGCCGCUGCUACACCGCCCGUCGUUGUCCCAGUCUACACCUUUGUCCUGGAGAAGACCCUUCUCGUCCUUCUCCUCUUCAAAAUAUCUGGAGAUCCAGAACGCUGUUUUGCGAGGAUGCAGCACACUGAAAGAAUUGAAGAGCAUCCAUGCUCAUAUGCUCCGCCACGCUCUGGAGCAGAGAGUCUUCCUCCUCUACAUGCUUAUACGAGUCUGCGACCAGUUUGGGUGGGUGGGUUACGCCCGCUCACUCUUUGACUCUGCUCGCCAACCAAACAUCUUCCUAUGGAACGGAAUGAUCAGAAGUUACGUUCUCCACGAUCUCAUGAGUGAAGCCAUGGAGAUGUAUGGCUUUAUGAUUCAUUCUGGAAUGUUGCCCAACAAUUACACCUAUCCGUUUGUUCUCAAGGCAUGCAGCUGCCUUCUUGAUGUUGUUUCUGGACAGAUGGUUCAUGCCCAGAUCGUCAAGAGCGGGCUUCUAGUAGAUGUCUUCGUUGGCACUGGAUUGGUGUGCAUGUACGGUAGGUAUGGUGAUCUAACAGUUGCACGUCCACUGUUCGAUGAAAUGCGUCACCAGAACACGGUGGCAUUGACCGCCAUGAUUGGUGCAUAUGAACGUCGAGGCCAUUUACUUGAGGCUAUUGAUCUUUUCCACAUAUCACUAGUGAGCUAUAUUCAGCUCGAUAGCUUAGCUCUGGUGCGUCUCUUGUCUGUGUGUUCGCAGUUGGGUGAUUCAAGGAUUGGACGCUCGCUUCAUAACUACAUUGAACUGAAGGGGCUGGGAAAGAGCGUCUUCGUAUCUACCGCUCUUAUCGAUAUGUACAAUAAAUGCGGAAAAGUAGAUGAAGCGCGCAGAGUGUUUGAUCAAAUGCCUGAGAGGGAUGUGGUUUCAUGGAGUGCCUUGAUUUGUGGGUAUUCCCAGAACUGCCAACCGAAUGAGGCUCUACAACUCUUUUCUCAGAUGCAGCAGGAGAAUGUGAAGGCUGAUUCUUUCACCAUGGUCGGUGUUCUUUCCGCUUGCGCUCGGCUAGGCGCUCUGAGUUUAGGAAAGCACAUCCACAGUAUGAUCAACAAGGAUGACUUGUUGAGAAAUCCAGUGUUAGGCACAUCUGUGAUUGAUAUGUAUUCUAAGUGUGGGUCUCCACAUCAAGCUUGGGAGGUAUUUGAGGAGAUGAAGGAGAAAGACAUAAUCGUCUGGAAUGCGAUCCUACAUGGACUUGCCAUGAACGGUUGUGCAAAGGCAUCACUUAGCCUUUUCAGCAGAAUGGAGAAAAUGAGCGUCCAACCAGAUGAGAAUACUUUCAUUGGUCUUCUUUAUGGAUGUAGUCAUGCUGGCUUAGUCGAUGAUGGUCGCCGAUUUUUCGACAAUAUGCUUCGAAUUUAUGGUUUCAGUCACAAGGUAGAACACUACGGCUGUAUGGUUGACAUUCUCGGGCGUGCAGGUUAUCUAGAAGAGGCUGUUGAGUUGAUCAAUGAUAUGCCAAUGGAGGCCAAUGCAGUCGUCUGGGGUGCACUUUUGAGUGGCUGUAGGAUUCACGGGAAUCUGCAAGUAGCGGAACUUGCUUUAAAGCGAAUGAUUGAAUUGGAGCCUUAUAAUUCGGGUAACUAUGUGCUGCUUUACAACAUAUUAUGUGCAAGCAGAAGGUGGGAUGCCGCCGAAGAUCUUAGAGAAGCAAUGAGAAAAGGAGGUAUAACUAAAGUGCCUGGUUCCAGUUGGAUCGAGGUGGAUGGACGAGUUCAUGAAUUCCGUGUGGAGAAUAGGUCGGAUACCUUGUAUGAGGCGAUCUGUGUGAAGCUUGAUGAGUUAACAAAGGAGCUGAAAGAAGCAGGUUAUGUACCUGGUACUGAAUCGGUCUUGUUUGAUAUAGACGAAGAGGAGAAGGAAAUAUCCCUUGCUCAUCAUAGUGAAAAAUUGGCUGUUGCUUUCGGUCUUAUUAGUACAACACCUGCUACUGUCAUUCGCAUUGUCAAGAAUCUGCGCAUUUGCAGUGAUUGCCAUACUUGCAUGAAACUCAUCUCAAAGAUUACUGGUCGCGAGAUCGUUGUCAGAGACAACAGCCGGUUUCAUUUUUUCACAAACGGUUUGUGUUCAUGUGGGGAUUAUUGGUGACUGAAAGCACAUGCAUGUGCAAUUUUGCAGCCCACCCAUGACUCACUUAAAAAGUAUGAGUAGUUGUCAACAAUCUCAUGUAUUCUCUUUUGAUGUUAAGGGUGUCUCUGAUUGCCUCUGAUCUAUGUGAUUUGAGAUUGUGCCAACAAAAUUAAGCAUCUAAAUAGAA